GUUUGGAAUCUUGCCGAGUGGCUUGGAGCCAAGAGUUGAGUGAUCUUUACAGAAACACAUUUCGGAAUGAGCAAUAAUGCGCCGUCGUCGUCUUCUGGAGUGGGUCGGACGUCGUCAAACACGCUCUCACGCGCGUCGCUAUUGGCCGGCGCCCGACUGACGACAUCCUCAAAACGGGACUCUCUUAUGGCCGAGCUGGAACGCGAUCCUCAGCACUCGACCGCAAAACGCCAGCAACGCUCGCAAGCCUUUUCCUCAACAAUGGCCCAUGCCUCCCUCGAACGACAGCUCCUAGCAGCUCAGACCGGCAGAGCGGAAGCUGAGGCGAAACUCCGAGAUAGGGAAAGUUACAUUGAGCGACUGGAGCAGGAUAGACGGCUCCUUGCCGAGAGAGAGCAAACGGAGCGGGAAGAGAAGGAACGUGAGCGCACUUCAAGUGCCGAAGAGAGGCGCAAAGCAGAAGUGGACCUUCGUGAUCUUCGAGAAUCUCUAGCCAUCUUGCGGAGCAAAUACAUAGAAACGGAAGAAGAGUACUCCACUCUGAAACGUUCUUAUGCCCAGUUAUCCGCGUCACAAUCAUCCCAGGCAACGUCUCUAACACGCAGGAAUGAUGAGCUCGAAAGCGAACUCGCGGAAUACAAGGCCAUCGUGGAAGACAAGGAAGCGACCGUACAGGCCUUACAACAAAGAUUGGAUGACUUGGAAGGCCCAAAUGCUCCUACGUCGAACCGGUAUGACGAAGAUCAAAGUUGGGUCGUUAUCAGGGAUGAAUUACACCGCCAGACUGCACACAUGCGGUCGCUGGAGACUACAAAUGCUAAACUCAACGCGGAGUUAGGAAGAUACAAAGACAAGCACGCGAACAUCGAAAUCUUACGAGAGGAAAAGCAUGCUCUCGAGAGGAAGGUCGCCGUCACGGAGGAGUUGAGAGGACGCGUUGUUUCUCUUGAAGCACAGGUGGAAGCUGCUAGGCGGGAACGGCAAGAAUGGGCAAACAAAUCAACGGAACCUGGCAUGCAGCCUGAUCCGUCACUUUCACUCGUUCAGAGUCUCUCUGAGUUGCGUUUAACUCAUGCCCGCCUAUUUGAGGAGCACGGUGCCACAGUUGCAGUUUUGUCCAGCCGAGAGGCUGAGCUAACGAAGACCCAAGAAAUGCUUUCGGAAACACAGGCUACCGUCGGUUCGCUGCGGGCGGAGGUUAGCAUGCUGAAAGCCAAGGUCACUCGUCGCGAACAGCGCGCUCAGCUUGCUGAACGAGAAACGGGGUUUUUACGAGCUUUGGUGGCAAGUUAUACGGCGGAAGGUGCCCAGGAUGCCGUCGAGCAAGACAGUUCCCUCCUCCAGCGUGUUCAACAGCUGGAACAGUCUCUAAGUGACUACAAAGCUCUCAACAAUACACUACUAGAGGCUCUCGAUGGCAUAGACGCGGAAGCUGGCGCAGACGGUAUCCGACAGUCUCGCAAGGAACUCACAACGGAACUCGAGCACCACAAAUUCGCUGCUGUCGAAGCCACCAAAGCUCUUGAGGAAGCCCGCGCGACUAUCAAAGUUCACGAAGACAAGGUGGAAAACUUGGAACAAACACUAUGGGAGCUGAGAGGGAAAAUAGGGGCAGGUAACCAUGUCCCCCCUGGCAUGCGGGUGGUUUGCCUUCGGGACAACCCAGCCCAACAGUGGAAUGACCUUAGGCAGUCGGUGCUGGACAGACUGAAGAAUGAGAACGAAGCUUUGAUUAAACGUUUAAGGGACCUUGAAAACAGCGCUACAGUGGUUAAGUCAGAGGCGUCGACCUCGAAAGGAGAUGACUUGAUUCCGAAGGAAAGCUGGGACGUCCUUGACAACGAAAAAAGAGAACUCGAGGAAACGGUUAAGCAGAAAGAGAAGCGCUUACUACGGCUUCAACAGGUCUUUUCAGCAAAGAGUGCAGAGUUCAGAGAGGCCAUCACAUCCAUACUGGGCUUCAAGCUCGCCUUCUACCCUAAUGGGCAAGUGCGGUUGACUUCGAUCUACGACCUUUCCGCGUCAUUUGUGUUCCAACCGCAAAAUCAAGGUCACUCAGAUGGCGCGCGGAUGCAACUGGUCGCACAGGGUGAGGGUGGACCUCAGGACCUUCCACAACUUAUGGACUACUGGGUUGGCGAGGAGCAGUGUAUGCCGGGGUUUUUGGCAAGCGUGACGUUGGAAUGUUAUGACAGGUCGAAGAGGGAGGGUGGUGUGCUCAAUGCGACAUGAUCUUUGUGUUGCUUAUGAUCGAGUACAUAUAGUUGGCUCGCGAUGAUCUGUUUACCACGACGACACUAAUAACUGCCAUACAUCGCAG